AUGGAGGCAGAUAAGCUGACGGCGAUCGGAAAGGAAUUGGGGUUAAGUGGCUCAGCACUAAAAGAUUGGAUGGACCAAGAACGCGCACGCGAAAAAGAGGCACGUGACGCUCGUCUGGCUGAACGAAAUGCCGCGAAAGAAGCCGAGGCAGAGGCAGUCGCUAGAUUACAAGCAGAGAAGGAAGUUCUUGAGCUCAAGUUAAAGUUGCAUCAGUUAGGUGUGACAGCAGGUAGCACAACUACUGGGCAGCUUACCGAGGGUGCGCCCGUAGGCACCACGCAGAGCUACCAAAGUCCACAUAAACUCAUCCCAGCCUUUAAAGAGGAACGCGAUGAGCUAGACGCAUAUAUACAGCGAUUUAAGCGCGUCGCUGCUAGUCAAGACUGGCCGCAAGACAAAUGGGCCCUAUCACUAAGCCUUUGCUUGACCGGAGAGGCCUUGAGUGUAGUUGGUAGGAUGGCACCAGAACAUGCCACGAACUACGUAACGUUGAAGAAAACGCUACUACAACGCUUUAGGUUCACAGAAGAAGGCUAUCGGACAAAAUUUCGAUCAGCAAAACCAGAUAAUUCUGAAAUGGGCACGCAGUUUGCCGGGCGUCUAUUAGGUUAUUUUGACCAUUGGCAAGAAAUGGCCAAGACAGACCGGACCUACGAUGCUCUGCGGGACAAAAUUGUCUCAGAGCAGUCUCUCGCACAAUGCCAUGAGGAACUCGCUAGUGACCACAAACCGCUUGUGUACAUCAAGUCGGCCAAGCAUGUGAACAACCGCGUGUUACGGUGGAGCCUCAUUCUUAUGGGCGACGCCCGAGCCCGGCUGAGCCCUAAUGCCGACGAGGCUUACGCUCGGGCUCCCGCCAUGGCAGCGUCCAUGAAGACAGGCUUCGACCCCAUCACGAUGCAGUGGAUUGACAUCGUGGUGGCAGAAACACGAGCAGACCCCAUACCAGGUGAAGACGAAUAUUUUCAGAUCAUGGUUCGCCAACUGCAAGAGAAGCUUGCUAAAAUGUAG